AUGUCAAAAAUAGGAGCAAAUAUCUUCAGCCCUGGCGACAUUGAGGGUAUUGAAGCAACCGGGUCGAAUUUCUUCAUCGGAGUGUUGGACUUCCUCCGGACUGCAGAAAUGUCAAUAUUCCUGGCAGAUAAGGCCCCGCGGGCAUUUGAGGCGAGGCUUUCUUUGGCUCGGGCCCUCACUGCUUAUAUCAAGGCCACCGAGUUCCCCGACCCGGUGGACAGGACAGAUUUCAACUACUACACCGAUUCUAAACUCAUGUCAGCAGUCAGGAAGCUGCGAGGAGAGUUAGCGGCGGCCGCAUACCGGCUUCUUGAUGAGCUGGACCGCUGCAUCCCAGAGAUGAACGCCAUUGGCCAGGCAAACCUGAUGGUUAUGCGCAACCCUUCGAACCCGAUUCCGCUUUUCUUCAGAGAAGCACUGGUGGGCGCCAACUUCGUCGAAUACCUAACUCGCACACUACCCGGGCAGCCGGACUACUUUGCCGACUUCCAGAAGCCCGUCCUAUCAUACUUUUGUCGUCCACAGUCUCGGGCAAAGCAUAGGAUAUAG